CAAGUUUGAAGACCUCUGAUCUAUCUAUACUAUACUAUACUAUAUACAUGCCCCCCCCGACUUACAACAAUUUGUUUAGUGACCAUUCAAAGUUAAUCACAGUACUGAAUAAUAGGGACUUCGGAUUGUUUUUCACAUUCUAUGACCAUUGCAGCAUUCCCAUAAUAAUAUGAUCAAAAUUCAGGUGCUUGGUAAUUGGUUCAUAUUUAUGACGGUUGCAGUGUCCCAGGGGUCAUGUAAUCUCCUUUUGUGACCUUCUGACAAGCUAAGUCAAGGGGAAGCCAGAUUCACUGAACAACCGUGUUACUAACUUAACAACUGCAGUGAUACACUUAAUAACGGUGGCAAGGAAGAUUGUAAAAUGGGGCAAGACUCACUUAGCAGCUCUCUUGCUUAGCAACAGAAACUUUGACCUCAAUUGUGGUCGUAAAUCGAGGAACUGUACAGCAAAGCAGGUGUUAAAUGGGCUUUGCCCCAUUUUGCGAUGUCUUUUUGCCACAAUUGUUAAGCGAAUGACUGCCGUUAAGUUAAUAACACAGUUGUUGAGUGUAUCUGGCUUCUCCUUUGACUUUGCUUGUCGCAAAAGGGAUCACGUGGCUCUGGGACACUGGAACUCAAAAAUCCAGGCCAGUUGCCAAUUGUCUGAAUUUUAUUUAUUUAUUUAUUUAUUUAUUGAAUUUUUAUACCGCCCUUCUCCCGAAGGACUCAGGGCGGUGUACAGCCGGAGAUAAAAUACAAAAUAUAUACAAUUAAAAACAAAUUAAGACAUAGCAAAAUUACAAAACGGCUAAUGAUUAAAAUUAAAUUUAAAACAUUUAAAAAUAUUAAUAAAACCCCAAUUUAAAAUCAAAAUUAUUAUGCCAGUCCCGCUUGAAUAAAUAAGUAUGUUUUUAGCUCACGAUGGAAGGAUUUUGAUCAGAUGUCUACAGGGAGCAGCAAGAAAAAUUGUCACAAUUCACUUUUUCCAGUGCUAUUGAAACUUCUAACAGAUACUAAAGGAAUUGUAAAUUGAAAAAAGAACAUUGGUUUCUUAGGGCAAUGCUCAGUUCUGGCUAUGGUUCACUGCAACGCACUUCUAAUAAGAACCCUGCCUUUCUCAACUGAUGGAGCAGAGGAUGUUUUUUAUUUAGAGGUUUAAAUGGCGGCAGGUCUGACACGUUGAGGGGUUUCACCUCCCUGCAGCGGGCUGUGAAAAUCACCUGGAAGAAGAGGAGGAAGAGACGCAGCCCAGGCAGCGGCAGAAAUAGAAGCUGUUCUAACUUGGGAAAGCUGUUCAGGCUCUCUUUGAAUCGACCAAAAUGGCUUCAGUACGAGAAGUGUCCAGUUUCACUGAAGACCUGCUGUGCCCCAUUUGCCUCUCCCUCUUUCGGGAGCCCCGCAUGCUGAAUUGUGGCCACAGCUUCUGCGCUUCCUGCCUGGAGCCCUGCAUCCCCAAAGGGCAAAGACGAGGGCACUGCCCCCAGUGCCGCCGACCCUUCACUUUGUGCCACAUAAUGAUCAACCGAGCCCUCUGCAACUUGGCCGAGAAGGCCCGGCUUCUGAAGCUGGAAGAAGGAACUCAGCUGAGCAGCACCGGAGGCUGGCACUUCUGUGAGGAACACGAGGAGCCUCUCAAGCUCUUCUGCAGCCAAGAUGAGGAGCCCAUUUGCAUCAUCUGCCGGGAUUUGCCUCAGCACCGGGGACACGACUUCCUGCCCCUCAAAAACGUGGUUCAGACCUAUCAGGACCAGCUGAAGGCAUCUCUGGAGCCUCUUGAGGAAGGUCUCAAGCGGUUGAAAAGGAGCCAGUGCCACCAGCAGGAGAACAUUAUCGAAUUAAAGACCUGCUCCAAAUCCUUGUCUGAUCAUAUCUCUGAAGAGUUUGGGAAGAUGCACCAGCUGUUGAACGACAGAGAGCUGGCUAUAAAACAGGCCUUAGAAAACCAGACAGAAAAGAACUUGGCUCAGAUGGAAACCAAGUUAAAGGAACUGGACUGCAAGAUGGCUUCGUGUUCAGAAACUCUGUGCCGUGUACAGGCCGGCCUUGAAUGCAAAGACCACAUUAGUUUCCUUAAGGAGGCAAAAGAGUUGCUAGAGAGGGUCCGUAAGGAAGAUGGGCUGGGAUCCAGCGAUGAAGACACAGAUGAGUGUGAGAGUGAGACUGAUGAAGACCUUGAGGAGGAAGAAGAGGAGGAGGAAGAAGAUGAGGAAGAACAAGAUGAGGAAGAACAAGAGACAGAGGAGGAAGAGGAGGAAGAUGGAGUGGUGGCUGUAGACUUGAAUCUGGGCGAGUUUAAAGGACCUCUGCAAUUCCACGCCUGGAAAGAACUCUUGGGUGUGGUACAUCCAGUCCCUACAAUGAUCACUUUCGACUGCAAUUCGGCUCAUCCCAGCUUUGCCCUCAUGCAAAAUCCCACCGGGCCCCAGUUCAGAGCUAACCAUUGGUUCUGGCAAGAAGAGGCGGAGAGGUUCACUUCCACCCCGUGUGUGGUGGGACAGAAGGGCAUUACCACUGGGCGCUUCUACUGGGAGAUUGAAGUUGGGGACAGCAUCCAUUGGAUAGUUGGGAUGGCCAAAAAGCCUGUGGAGCGCAAGAAGCAGCUGAAAUUUCUGCCCAAGGAAGGUAUUUGGGCUAUUGAGCUGAAGGCGGGAGAAUACCAAGCUCUGAGUGAGCCCCGUACGCCCCUCCCGGUCUGCAGAAGGAUGGAAAAAGUUGGGGUCUACCUGGACUUUGAAGGGGGGCAGCUUUCUUUUUACAACAGCAGCAGCAGGUCCCACCUCUACACCUUCCAAGCAUGCUUCCAUGAAGACCUGCUCCCCUUUCUCAGCACUCAAAGCAACUACCCCCUCAGGGUGGGCGUUCUGCAGCUUUGAGAUCUUAGCUCAAGGUGUAGCAUUGCAAAGAACAGCCCAGUGAAAGUUGAAAACAUUGAGAUGCGUUAGGAUGGCUGUUUUAAGAGUAAGUCCAUUCUAUUCCCUCUUUGCAAGCAAUCGCUCGAAGAUUUGAAACUGGUCUGACCUGACUGUGGUCCGUGAUGAUUGUUCUAGGCACAGAGAGUGCUAUAAGUAUAGUUUUCAAGUUGACCACCUAUUUCCCACAUGUUUAAUUUCUUUGACCCAUUGACCGUAGUGAGGAUAGAGGUUGACUCUGUCCACCUGUGGUGCAAGAUUUUUUUACCUGAUUUCAAUGCGUUUGUUGUAACCCAGGCCCCAGGACUUGGCCUCCUGGAGGAGGCUGACUCAGAGAGUGAGGAGGAGGAGCUGGCAAGGCCUGUUUCCCCGGGUCCUCUUCCUCCCUGGCACCGCCCCAGGAGGAGGAGGAGGGGCUGGCAAGGCCUGAUUCCCCCGGGCCUUGUUCCUACUUGGCAAAUAAGGUAAUGAAAGGAUUUGAUAAAACUUCUAAGGAAACAGUUAAUAUUUUGGGAGAAUAACUGGGGGAAAGAAUUAGUGACUACCCUUGCAAAUGUUAAAUGUUUUACUUGAUAUUAAAAUGGAUUGGAUGGAAAACUUUAAAUAUAUGUUAUUGACUUAGAGGCAAAGGAAGAUGAUGGAAGAAUGAAAUUGUCUGUGAUCUCUGGGCAGUUUUAAGAAAGAUUUUAGAUAGGAUGACCUCUGAACAGUAAUGUAGAUAUAAAGCUGAGAGUGGUGAAAUUAUAAAAUGUAAAUAGAAUUUAUUAAUGAUGUUGAAGGGAACUAAGCACGGGGACUAGACUUCAUUUAAAUAUUCUCCUGAAUGGGUUGAAUUUGAUCUACUUUUAUAAUCAGAUUGUGUGCAAAUAAAUAAUUGAAUUUAAAGAAGAAGGAAAAUACAUUGUAUUAGAUUAUAAAGUAGGUGAAAAGUGAUAUGUUUAAAGAUGUACCUGACCAAUAAUUUGUUCACAAUGAUUUUUUUAUUAUGCUUGUAAAAAAAAUAAAAAAAAAUUGGCAAAAAAAAAAUUUCCAUUACCAGUUCUCCAGA